CAUCGUCUUGGAACGUACUCUACCGUAGGUUACCUAACGUUACCUGUAUUAAAAGUAGGUUAGUCCAUGAACCUUGCCACUGUUUUUUUGCGCCAAGACUAAAACGUGUUUUUAGAAAAUCGACGUAAUAUUCACCAUGCAGGCAGUCGAACGUUUUCUCAGGGAAACCCUUCAAGGUUUGGACCAACAACAAAUACAGCUGUCAUUGUCAGCAGUAGGGGUUGGACUUGUAACAUGGUACCUGAUAUACAAGAAAAAGGUUUCAAAGACCAUCCCCUUGGGUCAAGGCUGGUGGGGAAGAGGGGAGAGAUCACCCACUGAAAAUGAGACGAUACACCCUUUCACAGUAGAGGCUUCUGAGGAAGAAAUCGAGGACCUUUAUAGACGAAUUGAUCAAACAAGGUAUACUGAGCCACUGGAAGAUGGCCGCUUCCAUUAUGGCUUCAAUUCUGUUUACCUCAGAAAGGUUGUGUCAUACUGGAGGAACCAAUUUGACUGGAAGAAACAAGUGAAGAUGCUGAACAAGUAUCCACAUUUCAAAACCAAAAUAGAAGGACUCGAUAUCCACUUCAUUCGUGUGCGUCCGCAGUAUCGUGAAGGACAGAGGGUCUUGCCUCUCAUGCUAGUCCAUGGAUGGCCAGGUUCUUUCUUUGAGUUCUACAAGAUCCUUCCGCUGCUCACAGACACUCGGGAUGGCCUGGCAUUUGAAGUCAUCUGUCCCUCUAUCCCAGGAUACGGCUACUCAGACGCCCCACAAAAACAGGGAUUUACCUCGAUGGACGCUGCUCGAGUCUUUCUGAAGCUGAUGGAGCGUCUGGGAUUCACAGAGUUCUACCUUCAGGGGGGUGACUGGGGCUCUCUCAUCACGACAAAUAUGGCCCAGAUGAAGCCUGAAUGCGUCAGAGGCCUCCAUUUGAACAUGCUUGAUGUAACAGGGGGAGGUCUUGGUAUGCUGCUGUCUCUGAUCAUUGGACCAUACCUGCCUUUCCUGGUUGGUUUCACACGUGAAGAUGUCCGUCGGCUCUUCCCAUUCAUUGAAAAGAAUGUGUAUGAGCUACUGAAGGAGACGGGAUAUAUGCACAUUCAGGCCACUAAGCCUGACACAGCAGGAUGUGGAGUGAACGACUCCCCCGUUGGGCUAGCUGCCUACAUUCUGGAGAAAUUCUCCACUUGGACUGUGAUGCAGAACAGAGAUCUAGAAGAUGGGGGCUUGGAGAGGAAGUAUGCCCUGGAUGACCUCCUCACCAAUGUCAUGAUCUACUGGACCACUGGCACUAUUGUCUCCUCAAUGCGCUUCUAUAAAGAAAACCUGAACUCUAAUCCAGAGAACAGAAUAGAUUCCAGGACGGGCAUUUAUGUGCCGAUGGGAUUCGCCGCGUUCCCCCACGAGCUGCUGCACGUCCCCCAGGUCUGGGCCCGCAGGAGGUACAAGGACAUCCGCUCCUACACCUACAUGGCCACCGGGGGGCACUUCGCUGCCUUUGAGGAGCCCAGGCUGUUGGCAGACGACUUUGUGCAGUUUGUGAAAAAGGUGGAAUGCAAAUAAAAUGUGAAUUUUAUUUUAUUAACUUUCAGUUUGUCUAAAAAGUUGUCUGAAAAGGCAUAUGAAUCGUAACAAAAAGCCAAAUACUACAGCGAUGACAAAAUGACAAUGAUAACCAAAAUUCACAAUAAGAAAGAGUAUUAUGCUGACUGGACUUUUGUAUAAAAAAUAACUUUGCUUAGCCAUUUUAUUCGUUUGGACAAGGCAGCUACCAUUCAGUCUUUCUUUGUGAUCAGGGUAUAGCUAAGUAGUGCUUUGGGGCUGACAUGUAAAAGAUGAUGUAUUAGGAUUGCUUGUUAAAUUGUAAAACUAGAUGUACCGCAAAGCGGUACUAAGUAUGACCACCGCUCAGAUCUGCACAUUCUCUCCACAAAAAUAAAUCACGCUUGUCAAUUUGUUUCCAUCUCCUACUCCAUCCCCUACUGCAACUUUUAUGUAUAUAGAUGAGAACAAAAAUAUUUGGUCAUCCCAGGCCCUACGGUUCUAGAGAUAUUCACAGAAAACUGUGUCUGGCCAUCUACAGGCCAGUUGGUGUACAAUCAGUAAAUGUACACAUUAAUUACUUUAUUGCCCCCUAUGAACCGAAUUCCACGACCCUACGAUUGUCAAGAUAUUCACAGACAACUGUGUCCGGCUUCACUGCGGGGCAGUCAUGAUGAAUAUUACAGUGAGAUUAAAAAUACUUGCUUUCUUACAGUAAUCAGUGCUGUCAAUACAGUAAUACAGUAUAUUGUUGUCUUUUACUAGAAAAUUAAA